GUUAGAUAUUUUGGCUUGGCUAGAGUCACAGAUGCUGGGUGCCAAUAGUGAGCUAGCAAUCCAGAUACGAUUUGUAAGCCGGAGUAAGAAAGAUGUGAGUGAGUAGGUAUCAAGCCCAAAGUUUCCGUAGUACCCGCAGGUCUUGCGCGGCGUCGACAAGUAUGAGAAAUUCACAGCUGCAGUCUAGGGCUAUACGCAAACAUAUAAGGUUGCGAAUAUCCAAAGAAAUCUGGAGAUAUCGAACCACCACAACUCGUUUGCUCAACCGAUACCCUGGAAAAUGGCUCAGCCUAAGAACAUCCUUAUUGUCGGUGGAACGGGAAUGAUCGGAGGAUACGCUGCCCUCCACCUUCAUUCUCGUGGCUACGCCGUCACACUUGCUGGUCGCCACCCCGUAAAAGAUAUCCCGGUUCUCAAAGACCUCCCCUUCAUCAAGAUCGACUAUGUUUCUGGAGAGUACACGCCGGAAAUAUUCUCAAGCUUCGAUAGCAUCGUCUUCUCAGCUGGCGCCGAUGUACGACACGUCCCACAAAACAAUUCUGCGGACGAGUAUUACCUACAAGCAUCCGAGGCUAUAGUGAAAUUUGCUCGAUCAGCCCGAGACGCCGGCGUUGCGAGAUUCGUGCACAUCGGCAGUUUCUAUCCGCACAUUGCACCUCAGCUGGUCGAUACAGUCCCCUACGUACGGUCACGAAAGCUUGCUGCUGACGGAAUCACUUCACUGGCAACGACUCAGUUCCAUGCGUGCAGUCUGGAUGCUCCAUUUGUCGUCGGGAUCGUGCCAGGCAUGAAAGUCCCAAUGUUUGUGGCCUAUACUCAGUUUGCGGAGGGCAAGCUUAGUAUACCUCCAUCAGCACCUACUGGAAACACAAACUUUGUAUCCGUCGAGUCUUUGGCCAUAGCGAUCACCGCCGCACUAGAACGGAGUGAGUCCGUGUCUGGUAGAGCGAUCCUCAUUGGGGGCGAGAACCUCACAUUUUCGGAGUAUUUUGGUCUGUUCUUCUCAGCCGUGAGCAAUCAUACAGCGAUAUCCGCUUCAGAUCAGGAGCAUCCUCUGAUGCCAGAUUCGUCUCUCUGGGCUGGGCGUAAUAUCGAAGCUUACGAGCCAGACGCUUCGGAUGAAGCCCUCCUUGGUCACUAUCGUCGCGAAAGCAUUCGAACUACUGUUCAGCGGAUAGUCGCAGAAUAUCGUUCAUCAUAGUUUGGGUUACAAUGGGAUAAGAUCAUGCGGUCGCUCUCCGCUUCCAUACUCAGCCCUGACUCUAAGCCUUGUUCCAUCAGCCUUG